AUGUUCUUAUCACACAAGGUGUCAAGGCAUUUAAAAUAUGACAUGGAUAACUUUUACGAGAUAUAUCUGCCGAACCCGACCAAAGCUAGGAUAGCUCGUCUUAUUGGUAUAGUUACAGCCUCAGCUAUGCGGAUGCGAAUUCAACGAUCUGCAGCUUACUCGGCACAGACUGACAAACUACGACUCUGUAGCAUGUACACCGCAUGGUUUUCUUAUUCUGCUGAAAUUCGCUUUCCGAAUUCAUACACAAUUGCUGACAUGAUGACAUUGGAUGCUUCGCUUUUCGGCACCGACAGACGCGAGAUGACCGAUAACUCAAGCAAUGGCAACUAA